AUGACCAUCUCGCAGGGCAGGAGGAUGGGGCGCCCACCUGGUCCCUCCAGCCCCCUGGCCCCAGCUGGCACCACAGCUAUGCCAGGGCUCGUUCCGGACCUCAUCGCUGGGAUCCCCUGGCCCCGCUGGGCACUCAUCCUUGUGGCCCUGGCUGCCAGUGCCCUGAUCGUGUCCUGUCUGCUGUGUGCCUUCUGUUGCUGCCGUCGCCGCCACAAGAAACAGCCCCGAGACAAGGAGGCCGUGGGCCUGGGCAGUGCCCGCAGCAGCACCACCACCCACCUGGUGCAGCCAGAUGUGGAUAGACUGCAAGGCGACCCGGAGGACCCUCGACAGUGGGGUCGCCUGCAGCUCUCCCUGGAGUACGACCUGGGGAGUGAGGAGGUAAAGGUGGGCCUGAAGCAGGCAGCCGACCUGAGGGCGGGGGGCACGGCAGACCCCUAUGCCCGCGUUGGCGUCUCCACUCAGCCCGGGCACGGGCACGAAACGAAGGUGCACCGAGGGACGCUCUGCCCUGUGUUUGAAGAAACCUGCUGCUUCCACGUCCCGCAGGCAGAGCUGCCUCGGACCACCCUGCACGUGCGGCUGCUGGACUUCAAGCCCUUCUUGGAGCACCGGCCCCUGGGGGAGCUCCACUUGCCGCUGGGAGCCGUGGACCCGCAGCAUGUGCUGGAACGCUGGUACCAGCUGGGCCCGCCGGGUCCCCAGGAGCCCGAGCAGACCGGGGAGCUGUGCUUCUCGCUGCGGUAYGUCCCCAGCUCCGGCCGCCUGACAGUGGUGGUGCUGGAGGCCCGAGGCCUGAGUCCAGGACUGGCAGAGCCCUACGUGAAGGUCCAGCUCAUGGUGAACCAGAGGAAGUGGAAGAAGAGAAAGACCUCUGCCAGGAGGGGCACGGCCAGCCCCUACUUCAACGAGGCCUUCACCUUCCUGGUGCCCUUCAGCCAGAUCCAGAGUGUGGACCUGGUGCUGGCUGUCUGGGCUCACGGUCUGCGGUUCCGAGCUGAGCCUGUGGGCAAGGUACUGCUCGGCUCCCGGGCCUCCGGCCAGCCUCUGCAGCACUGGGCAGAUAUGCUGGCCCAUGCCCGGCGGCCCAUUGCUCAGUGGCACCGUUUGAGGCCUGCCAGGGAAGUGGACAGCAUCCUGGCCCUGCGGCCCCGACUGCACCUACCACUGCCCGGYUCCUGA